UACAAAAAUGAGCUUAUCCUAAAAGUAAGAAAACCAACAAAACCAUACAAAUUCCAUUUCACUCCAUUCGGCUAAGGUAACAGAGCAACAAUGGCUGCUCUCAUCGUCUCCUCUUCUUCUCUCAAUUCACCUCUCCUUUCUUCCUCCUCAUAUUCCUCUUCGGUAACCUCCUCCAUUCCCACUUUUUCGAGGCUUCAAAUUAAACCCAUUGAUUUGCACCAAAAAUGUAUGAUGUACGGAGGAGUUGGAGUUCAAAAUGAAAUGCCUAUGGUGAUGAAAAGGGGGGGUUUUGUAGUGGUGAAAGUUUCUUCUGAAACUACUGAUGGAAGUGGUGAAACUGAAAGUAGUAAUGAGUCAGAAAGCAAAGAGGUUCAAGUUUCAGUUGAUAAACUUCCAUUGGAGUCAAAGCUUCAGGAGAGAAUGGAACAGAAGCUGAAGAUGAAAUUGGCUAAGAAAAUCAGGCUUAGAAGAAAACGUCUUGUUCGGAAGAGAAAACUGAGGAAGAAGGGGAAAUGGCCUCCUUCAAAGAUGAAGAAGCUUAAGAAUGUUUGACCAAAACAUGUGUUUUCCAAUUUAGAUAAACAAUUCAAAUUUAGUGUGUUUUAUUCUAUUUAAAUCAAUGUAGCAAUUAUGUUUUCCAAAACUCAUUCCCAUUUUCCCAUUCAAUCUUUAAUCUGUUUGUUUCUAUGAGAAUCCCUUUCUUUUUCCUCUCACCAAACACCUUUUCAACCUCACAUUCCAAAGUCCAUCGCUUUCUGGUAAUUUUUCCAUCUUUUUCAAUUUUGCUUUCUCAAUACUGCUUUUUUGUUUUCAAAACUCAUAUGGGUUUUUUUUGCAGAUUUCGGUUUUCUAAUCGAGGAGUGCUUUCUUGGCUUUCAAUUCUUGUCUUUUGGAUCCCUUGCACGAACUUUCAUCGGUGAGACUGUAGUUUCUUGUGUUGUUUAAUACCCUCUUUAUUUUAGUAGUUUGUUUCUUAUGUUGUUUCAUUUUACAGAUAUCACACAAAUCUUAUGUUUUGGAUUUUGUAUCCCUUUUGUUUGACUGUGUUUUUUUGUUCUGUGUGUAUGCUUGCAUUUGUUUUCAUGGUGAAUUCUACUUUAGUUUUUGUUUAAAA